AUGUCGGCCAUUCGUUGUUCGAGCAAAUCAAUUUGUUUCGGUGGAAAAGUGAAGGGAAAGGCAAAGUCUCGCUCUAAUCGUGCUGGAUUACAAUUCCCUGUUGGUCGUAUUCAUCGUCUGCUGCGAAAGGGAAACUAUGCUGAGCGCGUCGGAGCCGGUGCCCCUGUGUAUUUGGCAGCUGUGAUGGAAUAUUUGGCGGCAGAAGUCUUGGAAUUGGCGGGAAAUGCUGCUCGUGACAACAAAAAAACUAGAAUUAUUCCCCGCCAUUUGCAAUUGGCUAUUCGGAACGACGAGGAAUUGAAUAAAUUACUUUCUGGAGUCACAAUCGCACAAGGAGGUGUUCUUCCAAAUAUUCAAGCUGUUUUGUUGCCAAAGAAGACAGAGAAAAGUGCUUAAAUCUAUGUAGUGACAGCAAACAAAAAAAAAAACCGUCCUUUUCA